AUGUCGCUCCUUCGAUGCCAGGUUCCCGGGUGCAUGCGCACUUUCAAACGGUCCAGCGACUUGACCAGACAUGUCAAUUUGUCACAUAAACACUAUGGUGUUGAUCCUUCUACACCACCGGACCCUCGAUGCCCAAAUUCACCUGAACAUGAUUUAUUCAAUGACCAACAGCCGUAUUCACCCCCACCACCUCCACUUCCUAAAGAAAGAAAAAAUUAUCAUCCCUUUUUACAUGGGGACAUUUGCACUGAGGAUGGUCGUCCCCUUUCUGCCAGCUCAUCUCCUCCUCCACAAGUUGAAUCACAGAACCCUUGGGAACCAUGCUCCGGGGAGGCACAAUUCUGCAUCAGUAACCUUCUGUUCAAAAAGGUUCAGAUGUCCCAAACCAACAUCAACGAGCUCUUCAAUAUCUGGAACCUCCAUCAACAGGAGCUUAUGAAAACUGAUAGCCCCUUUGAAAAUCACAAAGACAUGUAUAACAGAACCUCCUACCAAGUUUGGUACCGCAAUCCUGCUACCGUUAUUGCCAAUAUCCUUGCCAAUCCAGAAUUCAGACACGACUUCGAUCCAGCACCUUAUGUACACAUCAAUCGUAAUGGCCAGCGAUGCUGGGCUGAUUUUAUGUCGGGGAAUUGGGCUUGGAGGCAUGCGACUCAAAUUUAUGAAAAUGACACAACUGACUGUGUAGAUGGGGCAAUGCUUGUUCUAAUAAUACUGGGUGCUGAUAAAACAACAGUUUCAGUGGCAACUGGCCACGUCGAGUACCAUCCUCUGUACCUCUCCUUUGGAAAUAUCUCUAAUGCUGCUCGGCGAGCUCAUCGGAAUGCUGUUAUUCCAAUUGGAUUCCUUGCCAUCCCAAAAUCGGGCCGCAAGUAUGACAAUGAGAGCAAUCUUCGUAUAUUCAAAAAGAGGCUCUACCACAGUUCUAUCUCUGCAAUUCUUCAAUCCCUCAACCCGGGAAUGACAAUUCCCGUAAUACGGAAAUGUCCUGAUGGUCAUUUCCGCCGUGUGCUUUAUGAGCUAGCUGCACUUAUUGCAGAACAGGUUUAUCUGUCAGGUAUUGUUUCAGGAUGGUGUGGACGGUGCCAGGGAAUUUUCUCUGAUCUUGAUGGUCCAUCCUCAAGUGAUCGACGCAGUCGUAAGAUUGACCAAAUUUUACGGGAGGAAUAUGGAGGGGAAGUCCGAUCCUUCAAAGAUUCACUUGUCGAGUGGUGUCUGGAUUAUCUCACUACUACACAUGGUGAAGCUAGAGCGAAUGAAAUUCUUGAUGAUAUUGAUAGGCGGCUUGCAGCAGUUCCUGCAUUUCCUGGCCUACGACACUUCCCUCAUGGACGGAGAUUCAAGCAGUGCACAGGAGAUGAUUCCAAGGCAUUGAAACUUCAAAUUCAGCCCCAAGUGCCAGGACUAGUUGAAUUUUGGUAUUCCACACAUGCCACUUAA